CACUAACAAUGGUGCUAUUGUUUUGAGGAGGGUAAAUUGCGUUCAGCCGGAGGAAUGCCUCGAGAGCGGAGGCUGCCGCUGGUGCUGUUGCUGGUUACAGCAAUCUCUGCUGCAGCCGGCGAGACCCAGGGUCCAGUUCGCGAGCCGCUCAUCGACUCCCAGUCACCCAACGCCUACAUAUGGAGCUGUGGUUCACCGAAGGAUGAUGAGCUUCACAAUCUAAUCCGCCGUAGUCACCAGCUUGGAUUGGAGAUAAUCUCUGCCAGCGCACACUCUGUGCAUGUGUACAGUGAUGCACACGAUGCAGGAAGCUUGGAUGGUAUAGGACUGAAGCAAUGCGUUCGUCUGACUGGCCUUCAUAAUCUCUUCAGACAAGAGCUGAAACAGAACUGGCACAAAUUAAGUGAUACUGCAGGGGAGUGGCUUCAAGAGUCGUUGUUGGAAGAAAUGGAGGAGCAGUCCCUUCGCACUGAGCGUUCUACAGAGGACAAAGACUGUGUACUGUAUGGAAAAUGUGGUGGAAAGGAAGACCAUUGGUUUACUGAAUACCAUGACUUGCCAGAGAUAUACUCGUGGUUUGAGGACCUGGCUGCAGCUCAUCCUCAAUAUCUGACCGUCAAUUCCUCCAUUGGAAAGACCUACCACAACACUGACAUAAUGGCUAUCCGCAUCACUGACAAAUCUGAUCCACAGAGGAAGAUAAAAGUCUACUUCCAGUGUCUAAUGCAUGCACGUGAGUGGAUCAGUGGACCGAUUUGCAUGUACAUUGCCAGACACUUUGCCAACCCUGACCCUGAAACCAAAGAGCUGCUGAAGCAGAUUGAGCUCAUUAUAGUCCCUGUGGCCAAUCCUGAUGGCUAUCAUUUGACGUGGAGAGAAUACCCUAAGUACCGACUGUGGAGGAAGAACACUGCUCCAACUCCCAACCCAGACUGCGAUGGAGUGGACCUCAACAGAAACUUUGAUGCUCACUGGAGCUUGGUUGGUAGUUCAGAUGACCCAUGUAGCAUUCUGUACCACGGACGAGAGCCUGGCUCUGAACUGGAGGUACAGGCCAUCACCAGCUUCAUCCACUCCAUUGCUCCCGUCUCUGCCUCCAUCGACUUCCACUCUUACAGCCAAGCAAUACUCUUCCCACCUGGUACUGUUGUUGUGACUAUACUUCAAAGUCCCUUAUGGUGUCUGGCAAAAAUUAUUAGCCUCCCUUCCUAGGCCUUCCCCACCCACUUGAUCACACACGUAAUAUACUUAAGUGUAGCAAAGGAACGAGGCUACACAAAAUGUCUAUAUCUUAUAUAUAAUCUUCUACUAGUGUUCUAGGCACUACAAUUUUUACGCUCAGCUUGGACGGACAAAGACCCUGGCAAUACUGCCAGCAUGGAGUACAUAUCAGGCUGGAUGGCUUACCAUGCUAGUCAGGCUGGUGUGAGGUAUGGUUCUCAGAGUAUGCACUCGCUCUACUUUGCUGCUGGAACCUUUCCAGACUGGAUGUUGGAGCAGGGAGGAGGAGAGGAGGACAGUCACUGUGCUCCAGUGGCCUUUACUGUGGAGCUGAGGCCACAGGACACUCCUGAUGGUGGCUCUGUAGGGUUCAUGGUCCCCACUGAACAGAUAUUGGCUACAUGUGAGGAGAUGAUGCCAGCCGUGAUGAAGUUCAGUCAUCUAGUCGUUGAUGAAUUCCUCUCCUGUGCUGAUAGUAGAAUGAAAUGAUUGUCCUUUCAUGCACAGUUUAUGAUACAUGACAUUGUGUAAUGUGGCAAGCAUGAGAACUGCAUAGCAGCCUAAUGCAUAUCACAAAGUCCCACAUUUUUG